CCCCCCCUUUUUCUUUAUCCGAAACCCUUGCGUUGUUGUUGUUUGUGUGAUUGAUAUAUAUAUAUAUAUAUAUAUAUCAUCUGGGUAUUCGAGCGCGCCAGCUUCAACGUCAACGACUUACAUAGUCAUUGCGCAAAACGGUCGCUUACUAUAUCGCGUACGGCUCGAGAAAACAAAAAAAGACUUACAACAUGUCUGGCGUUGCACAGGAAAAGCCGCUCAAUGAGCUGCUGUCACGCUCCAUGGUGGACAUCUACGUGGGCCCGGAGAACACACACUGGAUUCUGCACGAAAAGCUGCUGUGCCACCACUCGCCCUUCUUCCGCAAGAUCUUCUACUCCAAGACAUCGACAUCGUCGCGCACGCAGUCGUUUGGGCUCCCGGACGAAGAAGACACGCCGUUCAAGACGUUUGUCGGCUGGCUGUACUCGUCGAGCCUGCCUGUGCCGCGCGAGGAAGCCGAUCUGGGCACGUGCUUCGACUUGUAUCUGAUGGCGGAGAAGUUUGAGAUUCCCGCGCUCAUCGCCGACGUGCUGCAGGUGGUGCGCGAGUGGUACAAGUACAGUGAUACGUACCCGGGGCUGCGGCGCGUGCAGUACGUCUACGCCAACACGGAGGACGGCAGUCCGAUGCGGCACAUGCUGGUGCAUGCCGUGGCGCGCAUGAUGGUGACGGAAAAGAGCAUGCCGCAGCACUGGGACAAGGCGCUGCGCAAGAACGGGCAGCUGGCUGUCGACAUUAUCCGCGCCAUCCAGGACUGGCGUCUCGACGAGGCCAUGGUGCCGGAUGCGCGCGAGGAGCCGGCCGAAGCAGAGGACUUGAUCGAUGUCGAGCAGGAAACGCAGAGGCUGGACGACGAGGCAGACGAGGAAAUCGAUCAUGAGCGCGCAGAACAGGAUGAUGCCUCGUCGGCGACGGCCCAGGACGCAGAUGACUCGGAGGAAACAUUUGUCGAUUCCCCCGCGGUUGCUGUUGACGACAAGAAGCAGGAUCAAGCGAAGAAUGUCAAAGACGCUACCAACGAGGCGGGCGGCAAGGCGUGUGGACUGGAAAAAGAAUUUGGAAAGUUUAGUCUGAACGACAUGGGUAGUGCUGAUUACGGGACUUUGAGAGCGUAGAAUGAGUUUCUUCUCUUGGUCCUCUUUCUUUCUUUCUUUCUUUUUCUUUUAGGAUGGGGUUUUGUUUCUUGGAGGUGCCAAAAAGGAAUGGGUUGAUAUACUUUGGGAUUCUUCAAUGGUUCAAUAUUUCUUUUUUCCUUUUUCCGCCUUCUGGAAGGGUUUUGCUGGGGACAAAAGAUGCCAAUAAAGGGGGGGGAAACACUAAUGAUAUACCUUUUUCUUAUCUUAUCUCAUUUUACCCGUUUUUUUUUCUAGGGCUUCCAAAGUUGUUCUUCUGAUGUGUGUUUUCUGGUGUUUUUU